GCCGGCGGGAAGGAGCAGGCGGCCACAGCCGUCCUCCGGGCCGUCCCCCCCCCCCUUGCCUGGAGAUCGGAAACUUCUUAGCUGGCCAGUGAGACGGAGGCGCAGCCAAGAGCGCUCUGAGGAGUCGCUGUAGAAAAGCCGCACAGAUCACAACUUCAGAAAUGACCAGCAUUUCCUAACCUAAUCCGUCAACAAACUUCUUAAGGCACUGUCGACUAUGACUUAUGGUGACCCUAUGAAUCAGUGACCUCCAAGAGCAUCUGUCAUGAACCGCCCUGUUCAGACUUUGGAUGUUCUUCAAAGCAUUGCCUGACUCUGUGUGGUCCAUUUCAGUCUCCAACAAUCAAGCUGUGUUCUGUAUAUAUACAGCAGAAGACGGUUGCACCCAGUGCUGAUUAGCUAGGAAACCACAGGCAUCCCGAAUCCACCUCCCCACUCCUCCCUGAAGCAGUUUCUCAAGUUGGGGACUGAUGCUGAGAGACUGAGUGGAUUGCCUAACAAGGCCAUCCUGGGACUGGUCAAGACCCAUGGAGAGCUUGCACUCUAGGGUGCAGGCAGAGGUUCAGUGGACAAGGGAAAGCAGCUUAACAUCCCAUUGGCCCUUCUUCUAGCCAGUGAAGUCCACCAUGGAGCAGAUCAGCCACUUUUUCCACUCAAUCUGGACUUUCAUCCACUCCAAACAUCAGGAGGGGAUCUACAACACAGUCUGCCUGGCCGUGCUGAUGGGGCUACCUACCCUCGUCCUCCUUGUUGCCAUCUUUGUCUGUUGCCACUGUUGCUUCUGUGGGUGGCGGCAAAAGGACAGUGGUAGCUACAUUACAGGUGGCCCUUCCCAGAGCAAGAAAAGAAACAAGAUGAUGAGGAAAAAGAAAGAAGAGGAUUUGUGGAUCUCAGCCCAGCCCAAAGUGCUCAUGCUGGAAAAGAGGCCAUCACUGCAGGCCUAGGAAAAGGGAGGGGUGGACAAGAGCUUUCUCCCACCCCUUCUGUAAGGGUCUCACAUUGCACUGGGCCAUGCAGCCUAAGACUGAGGACAUAUCAUGCUGGCUCCCUCCCCUUUAAGCAGAACUUGCAGCUUUUUUCUUCUUAAAGACAUCUGGAGUGAAGAAACUAUCUAGGGCCAUCACUAUUAUGUUUUAGGGAGUCCCUAAUUGGGCACAUGUUUACAAGCACACUGCUAACUGCAAACAGGUGGAAUGAACUAUUACCCAUGCCAGCAUCCAUACUGGACCAAUGUGUACAUAAGAACAUGCUUGAACAGACUUGCCAGCUCAUGUUGCUGUUAAGAACAUGCAUCUGUGACCUUGGGCUGAAAAGCACAAACUCUAACAACCAAGUCUUGCAUUGACAACUUAAUGUGCACUAGCGAGCCAUCACUGCUGCACUCACAUGUACAUAUAUAAGCAACCAUUGUCAUACUCAUCCACAUACCCACAUGAACCUUCAGAGGGGAUUAACAGAGGAAGGCAAAGUUUUAUUAUCAGUAGCUUUUAGUCUCGACAACUAAAUGGAUUCUCAGGGUUCUAAGGCAGUGCAACUCUUAGGGCCAGAUGCUGGGGGCCAAAUAAUGGAACAGGGCAGUUACCUUCAUGCCCUGCUUGUGGGUUUUCUUGACGCAUCUGGCUGGUCAAUUUUGGAAAAGAUGCUGAAUUAGAUGGACCUUUGCCCUGAUCCAACACUGCAGCAGGGACAGUUAAAUGACAAAGUCCCCCUUAUUAGCAAACCCUGAUGCCAGAUUUCUAAUUUGCUGCAGUAUCUUUCCAAUAGAUUCUAAUUAGGCUUUAUGAACUCAGAUUGUGCCUCAGAAUCCCAUGUCACUAGACUCUAAACUUUCAUUCUUUAACUGUUCUAGCCAUCUACCUUGCCUUGACUCCCACUUCCCUAAUCACAGUUGUUGCAAUAAUUAUUGUUCAUGGUUGUAUUAGAUGAGUCAAAUAUGGGGCCUGUGACAUCAGUGUGGUGAUGAAUUUAAGGCCUUCCUCUUGCUCCUUUUUUGAGACACAGAAAUGCAGUCCCAUAACAGUUACCUCUACUCCUCCCAUCAUCCUUAUUUUUCUUUUUCCUUUCUCAGGUGUGGAAGUGGUGUAAGGAAUCAGGCAUAAGGAAGCUUUGGGGCAAGGAAUGAAAUGGAAAAGCUUCCUUACACCUGAUUCUAGAAUCCAUUUUCUUUUCAGGUCUCUCACAACACAUCAAAGCCUCCAUCAAACUUAUCUCCAACUCCCUAGAGUUCUUGGCUGUAAUUCUAUGUGCACUUACUUGGGAGUAAGCCCCUUGAAUAUACUGGGGCUUGCUCCUGUGUAAACAUGAAUGACUCGUUUCUGUGAAGGGCUGAUACAAUCAACGUAUUCAGGAAUUUGGGAGAAAGUUCAACUUCGCCCAAAAUUUCAGGUCAGUGUAUGCAGGGUAUCAGUUAAUUCCCUGACAAAGCAAUUGCUUGUAUACUUUUAUAUACUCAUAAGAUGCCUUCCUGCUGAUCUGUCCUGGGCUUAGGCAGUGGUGUGGCUAACUGCCUGCACUUGCGCUUCUGCGGUGCCUUCUUGGCUUUGCAUUCUAUUCUUUUAUUGCAUGAUUUAUUUUACACACACACACACUCCAACCCAACAACCCUAUAAUUAAAAAUAUUUUUUUAAUGAAACAAACCUGAUGAGUUAUUGUGUCCCAGCCUCUGCUGUUUAUUUAAUGGGUGGGGGAGAAAAGAAAACUUUAUUAUAUUACUGGCCCCAGGAAAGUGAUUUCAGAUGAAAAGGAAAUGAAAUGCAUUGUUCUUUAGUUGAAAGCACAUGUCAAUCAAACUAUUGUCCACAGACUCAGGCCUGCACAAGUUGUAACCCUCCAAGCCCAUCAACCAUGUACUGUGGUAUGCUGGGUCUAAAACAGGGAAGGAGGGCUUGGUUACCUACCAUGCUUACCUACGCACAGUAGCAUUCUUUGCAAGAGCAACAGAAACCUAAGCAUGAUUACUCAGAAGUCAUUCCAAAUGAAUUCAAUGAGACUUAAUCCCUUGUAAGUGUGUUUAAGAUUGCAGCCUUAUUUGAUUAAUCGGGGUGUAAUUUAAAUUGAGGGUGAUGGGAGUUAAGCGCAUAUUUGUUUCUUUUUUGAGGUACUAUAGCACUGUUUCUGUCACAGGUAAUGAAGAAAAAUACUACAGAUGGCCGAGCUUUUAAUCACGAGUGGUAUCCUGUGUUUACUUCCAUAGUGUUAGCUCACAUCCUGCACUAUCACAAAAAGGCACAGAUGCAGAUUUUGAUACGCACAUUUAUAUAAAUUUAAGCAAUUGAUCAAUUAUAUAGUGAAAAGGCCAAUUAAUUCUUUACAUUCUGGCAGCAAUAAUUUGAACACUUACUACAGUUUAUUAAGGGGUCGAAGAUUGCCCCCAUUUACUCUUUUGCAGGGUGCAUGUCUUUAAACAUUGUCUGAGCCAUCACCAGCCCCACAACUCAUUCCUGUUAUGCCACUUCCCUGUGCUUUGAAACAGCUUGGAAACCUACCUGGGCCCAUCACCAGCAAAGGUGGAGAUAGUUGCAUUAUGACAUCAGUGAUACCCGAGCAUCAGCAUAACAUCAUAACCACAAUCUGUGACACUGAUGUGGUGUGGAAAUGCUUAUAGCUUGAGUCAUACAUGUAUAUUUGCUGUCACAGAUAAUCUGUUAGUUUUACCUUAAAGGUAUUCUAAAUUGUAAAAUAUUUUGUCAAACCUCUGGAGCAUGUGUGUAGAUAUGGACCACAUGAGCUGGGUGCCUUUUCCUCUUCAAUUUCAAGAAUCUCUGUACAUGCAAUAGGUACUGUACAAUGCCUUAAACUUUGUGUAUGACAUAAAAACCCUUGACUAUAACUAGUAUCCUGGUACUAUAAUUUUAAGUUCUAUGUAGUCAUAAGAAGAUAAUUUUAAAAUAGCUUUAUUAUUUAUAAGUAUUAUUACACUCUGUGGCUAAAUUAUAAACUUUGCUAAAUAGUGUUUAUUUUUGAAAUAUUUCAAAAUCCACAGUAAGCACCAAAACAGGCAAUUAUAUACAAAUACAUUUGUUCUCACAAGCAUAAUUAAUUAACCGAUUUUUAACAAGUAGAAAAGCUGGUACUAACUUGAUUUUGGAAUGAACCUUGCUACUGCAGAAUUUAAAGCUUUCUUUAAACAAAACUUUCUGUAAAGAGCUAUUUGGGGGAAAUUUGAGUUUCCUGUUUAGCAUAUAAUGUGCUUUUUGUAAUGGUUAGCAUAUUUAUUCAUUUUCACAACAAUCUGAUAACCAUUUUUAAAAAUGGAAAUUGAGAAAAAAUUGUCCAAGGUCCUCCUGUGAGUUCCUGGCUUGGUUGGGAUUUUAAACCAGGCUGCUAGAUAUACAUGCAUUAGCUCCCAUUUACUUGUACCAAGAGUUGGUACCAAUACAAUCCUGGAACACUAGAUUAUAAACUUGGUUUCACAGAUGUGAUAGGGGGAAGUUUUGUUUUUAUGAAAAACAGAAGCUUCUCUUAACAUAUGCUGGCCGGCACCGACAAGUUAACCACUCUAUCUGUUGCUAAAUUUGUCUCUGCCGCCCAAAGCAUACGUAAGAAGAUCUCUUUUAGUCGGUAAUGUGUAUUUUAACGUUGUACCAAUAUGAGCUCUGUUAGCUUUAUUUAAUAACCUAUGUUCCUUUUCUCUUUUUUACCCUUUGUUAAAUCAAUUGUAUAUCAGGUCUAUGACCGCAUA